AUGUCUGAUACUCAGGAGGAAAUAGCCAAAGCUGCCAUCCUUGAGAAAGUCAUGAAAGGCAGGCAACUUACAGAUCUCAUGCUACGCUGCACUAUCCUGGAUCAUGCGGGCAAUAUCAAGAGCAUUUCUGGCCAAUUUAAACGGUCUGACUUGUGCAACGAGCAUCGCUUAAACCCUCGUGAUUUACGGAAGAUUGAUUCACGAAUACCCAACCUUGUUCCUACAAUUCUCAUUCGCAAAGGAGCCGUUUUAAUCAAUAUACUUCACAUACGGGCGUUAGUCAAGGCUGAUACUGUGGUUUUGUUUGACUCAUACGGGUCCAAUGAUUCCCGUCUUCACUCUGUGUUCCUUUACCAUCUCGAGCAUAACCUUAAGGCCCGGGGCAGCGGUGCCCCUUACGAAUUCAGAGCAAUCGAGUCCAUCCUUCUCUCCGUUCUCAGCGCGCUAGAAGCCGAGAUGGUGUUCAUCCGUAACCUCGUUGGUGGUCUAUUGGCGGAGCUCGAGGAUGACAUCAAUCAUGACAAAUUCAAACGCCUAUUGCACUACUCAAGACGUUUGGUAGCGUUCAAAAAUCGCGCUAAGCUGGAACUUGAGGUACUUCUUGAGUUUUUCUCCAAACAAGUAGAAGAAAUCGCCAAUGAAGCUGAAAACAUCGAGGCCAACGUGCAAUCCACCCAGGAGAUCGUAGAACUCAUCUUAGACUCUAACCGCAAUGCACUACUCGCAUUGGACCUUAAAGUAUCCAUCGGAACUAUGGGAAUUGGCACGGGAGCUCUAAUCGCAGGUUUAUUCGGUAUGAACUUGAAAAGCCACAUGGAGGAGAUGCCCUAUGCCUUCAUGGCGAUGUCCACCCUCUCAUCAGCUGUUGCACUGUUCGUAGCAUGGGCUGGCCUAAGAAGACUCGCUCAGAUACGAAAAGUCGGACUCUCUAAUCCCAAACGAGUACAAGAUUUGGAAGUGCGUCCACGAAUACCACUGCCCUUGCGCCGGCGAAGUUCAAAUGGAUGGUCAUGA